GGCUUCUGACUAUUCACCCACGGUGCUGUAGUAAUGGUAUAUUUAAAUGAGCUGUCUGCAAAGUACAGGUUCAUAAAACAAGUUAACACAGUUGUUUAGAGGCAGUGGUAAGGAAGUAAGGCAGGAGAAAUAUUUAGGGAAUGGUCUGCAGAGUGUAUUGUGGGAGUGAAUGGUGUAAGUCCUGCUGCUACCUGAGCCUGGAAAAGCUCUACUCUUCCCUUCUGCGUGCUUGCUCCAGGUUACUCUGGUGACUGAGAGAAGACCCAGGCAAGAAGGGAAGUAGGAUGCUGCUAUUUAUUAUCUCUGUGGGAUUUUUGUUUCACCACUUCAGGAAAAAUACAACCAAGGCAAGUUAAGAGAGGCCUGAAUGAAUCUCAGAAAGGUGAAAGCAAGAAGGAAGGCGAGAGAAAAAUACCAUGCACUUCAUAGUGGGCCAGUACAUCUCUUUGCCCUGCUGAUUUGUCGGCAUUUCUUGCUGAAGAAGGGGGAGCAGCCCCACAUACGCUGAGGAAGGUGCAGCCACUUCUGUCUGCAGUACGGCAAAGCCUGAUUCCAGGGAGCACGCUGUGUGUGCGGUUCUGCUUAAUAACCCUCCGCUUCCUGACAGAGGUGACCUUGUGGGUAGCCAAGUGACGCUAUCCAGAGGACAGGUAUCUUUUCCUGCCCUGUUUGUAAACAGACCUGCUUUGCAAGAGAUGUAGUUGAAAAUUUCUUUCUCGAGGACUUUCACACUGAUAAUUCAACUAUGGCAAAGAGCUGCUCCAUGUGUAAAGAGAAGAGGCCUGCUCACAGUCUCUGCACAAGCUGCAAUAAGUGGUUGUGCAGCACAUGUACAGAGGAACACAGACAUGGCAAUGAAACUGGAGACCGCUUCCUGUCUGUAUCCCUGAAGGGCUGCACAGCAACUGAAGAUGAGGCAAGUGAAUUUUCCUUAUUUUGUCCAAUGCAUGCCCAAGAGCCACUCAAGUUGUUCUGUGAGACCUGUGAUAUCCUUACAUGCCACAGCUGCCUUCUGACAGAGCAUAAGGAACACAGGUUCAGACAUCUUGAUGAAGCUUUGCAAAAUCAGAGAGCUAUCCUGGAAAACGUCAUAGCUAAAGUGGAAGAGAAAAAAAAUGGAAUUCAGGUUUCAGCUAAACAGAUUGAAGACAGGUUGCUUGAAGUAAAACACUUAUACAAAAAAGUAGAAAAUCAAAUCAAAAUGGCCAAGAUGGUUUUGAUAAAUGAAAUCAAUAAAAGAACAAACAUCCUUCUUGAACAAUUUGAAAAAAUCACAAGUGAAAGGAAGCAGAAAUUGGAGCAGCAACUGCAAGGUGUUGUGGUUUUAAGCAGACAGGUUGAACAUGUGCAGAACUUCAUCAGUUGGGCAGUGUGCAGUAAAAACAGCAUCCCGUUUCUCUUCAGUAAAGAACUGAUUGUAUUUCAGAUCCAGCGCUUGUUAGAGACAAACUGUAACACAGACAUAGGACCUCCACUGAAGAUCAGAUUUACUUGGGAUCCAUCCUACUGGACUAAACAGCUGUCCAGUUUUGGAAGUUUCACUAUGGAAGGUGGACACAUUUCUCAUUCAGAUGUGCUACUCUAUGGAAAUGUGCAAGGAUUACAGACAUCCUUGUAUCACGGACACUAUUCCCCAGCAUCACAGCUGGAGCCUGUGAAUAGCCAGCCACAUCAGUUUCCACCUGCAGUUCAGUGUCCUACGCCCGUGUGUUGCUCGCAUUGCCGCAGUGUACCUCAUCCAAACAAAGCUCAGCCUUCUCACCAAAACAUAAACCGCCAUCAAAAUUUUCGACAACAUCCUGAACUGCAUCAGCAGCAGUUUCCUCUGCAGUAUAGCAUGCAGCAACGUGACAAAGAGCAAAGGGAUGUUCCCCCGCCUCUGAAAUUAACGCAGUCUGGGCUGGAGCAACAGUCACGAUCAGAGUCAGAGAAUACAUCAGGGAAGAUGGGAAAGCAUUUACCACCCCAGCAGCUGCAGCAGACUGCACCUCUGGGUUAUGCUGUUGUAUCACAUGAAGCUCAGCAAGUUCACACAAGCCAUCCACAGUCAUUCCGCACAGAGACUGCUUUGCAAACAUCAACUGUGCAAGUGCAGCUUGGCCAUCUUCAGAAGAUAAAGUCUAACCACUUGCAGCAGCCACCACAACAGCAGCAGCUGCCUCCAGCAUCACCACUGUCAGGUCAGAACGAGAACACCCACAAACAAGUCAUCCAGCAGAGCCUGGACAUAAUGCACCACCAGUUUGAACUGGAGGAGAUGAAAAAGGAUCUGGAGCUUCUUCUCCAGGCCCAAGGACAGUCCAGCUUGCAGCUGAACCAAACCAAGCCAGCUCAGCAUGUUCAACAGACCAUAGUUGGUCAGAUCAAUUACAUAGUGAGGCAGCCAGCCCCGGUUCAGCAGCAAAUCCAAGAUGAAUCUCCAGUCAGUGAGAGUUCCACUGAACUUGAUGUCCAGAAGCCUGUAGUUCCUCUUGACAGAAGUGAUAUUCCCCCCCUGUCACAGUCAUUAGAUGAAGAAGCCAGUGCCAGCAGUCACUCCCCUGAAUCAACAUUGCAACAAUCAGCUUAUAACCCAGUGAGAAAGCGUUCAGCAUCAUUAAGCAUUGUGGGCUUUUCAAACGAUUUAGAAAUGGAACUACCUUCAACAAGGUUAUCUAGGUCAGCUGAUCCACAGAUGCAAGGUGUGGCCGCUGUAGCACUUGGUUCAUCCCCGAACACCCGUUGUGACUGUGAUACUCCACCAGAACCAGUGCCCAGCUACAGCUUAGUACUGGGCAGAGCUCUGGGUGACCUGAGCUCUGGCCUUGCACCAGGUGAUGCACUCCAGAGCAGCGCUAAGUGCAAGCUGGAAAAUGAAGACUUGAAUACUGUGGAUCAUCCUCUAGAAAACAGCAUGGCCUCUGAUGGGCAAGAUGUAGUAAAUGAAUUAAGUCUUUCUAUGCAAAAAGUGCUGGAAGAACCUAUUAAUCUUUCGGUCAAAAAAUCUCAGCGUUGUACUUCCUCUGAAGUGCUCAGCAAUAAUUCUUCCCUGCCUGUGAAUGACAGAAUGAGAGAACUUAGAAAUGAAGAAGAUUCCAAUAACUGUGAAAAGGAACAUUUAGAAAUGGAUGUGAAAAGCAAUCAGGAUGUCAGAUCUGACCCUAGAGAGCUGAAGAUCCCUUAUGUGAGACUGGAACGUCUGAAGAUACAUGCAUCAGAAUCCGGGGAGCUCCCAGUUUUUAAGCUCCAGCCACAGGAGAGUGAGCAGGAGGGCAGUUUCCUCCUGAUAAUUGAAUGUGGGACCCAGUCUUCAAGUAUGGCUAUAAGAAUAAAUAAAGAUAGUCCACCUGAAGGACUGAAAUGCGAAGAGGAGAACAAGGAAGACAGAAAAUGUGUUACAACCCAGGCUGCAGGACAGAUACAAUCUCCUCCUGGAGAUACUCCACCUUUUGAUCAGAAGCUCAGUAAUGGUACCUCCAUCAUGAUGAAAAAAUCUCCAGUCACACAGGAAGUCAAUACAAUUGAGAAUGAAGAUUUCUGCGCUGUGUGUCUUAAUGGAGGAGAACUGUUGUGUUGUGAUCACUGCCCCAAGGUCUUCCAUCUCUCCUGCCACGUUCCAGCCCUGCUCAGCUUUCCAGUGGGCGAAUGGGUGUGUACGCUUUGCCGUAAUCCAGUGAAGCCAGAGGUAGAAUAUGACUGUGAGAACACACGCUACGGCCACAGUUACAAUGCACAGUAUGGCCUUGAUGAUUAUGAUCAGAAGAAGUGUGAAAAGCUGGUGCUUUCCCUGUUCUGCAGUAGUCUGAGCCUCCCAUUCCAUGAACCUGUCAGCCCUCUGGCUCGGCAUUAUUAUCAGAUCAUAAAAAGGCCAAUGGAUUUGUCAAUCAUACGAAAAAAGCUGCAAAAAAAGGACAAGUUCCACUACUCUGCACCUGAGGAACUUGUGACUGAUGUGCGUCUCAUGUUUUGGAACUGUGCAAAGUUCAAUUAUCCUGAUUCAGAGGUUGCUGAGGCUGGACGAUGCUUGGAUGUAUUCUUUGAGAGCAAACUAAAGGAGAUCUAUCCAGAUAGGCACUUUCCUUCAAUGCAACAGGAUGACUCUGACUCUGAAGAGGUGGAGAGCCAGAACAGCAAAAUGCCCCCCCAAGAUUUUCAGUGGCCAUCGUAUGGACAGGAGUGCGUUCAGCCUAAAAGAAGACGGCGCCAUGCUGAAAGUGAAAAAACUAAAAGAAUGAUGUUUCAGCCAGCUAACAGCCUUCCUCAGGUAUGACCUCCUGAAGAUCCCAGAUUUACUAUGAGGAAUCCAGCAGAAUAACUGACAGAGUUAAGGUGUGUGGGAGGAAAGCAAAGCACUCGGGCUGUUAAUUGAAACUCUCCUAAUCUGCUGACCAUAUGCCUUAUUUCUACAUCUUGUGGGUAUAUAACAGAUCAAAUGUGCUUCGAUCUGUCAAUAUUCCAUCUGUUAAAUCACGUAUGUGUUUUGCAGUGUUUACACUGAAGUACUAAUGUUUUGGUGAUAGGUAAUCAUGAUUAAUAAUAAAAGUAACAUGCUAAUAAUAUUUAACUUUUUGCAGUACCUUUUUAUAAUCUGUUCAACAUAGCAUCUCUAUUUUAUAGAACACACAGGUAACCAUGUAAAAAUCUCAUAAUGACAGUGAAUUUUGGCCAUGCUUUGUGAUAAACACAAUGUGUGGUCAUAAGACAUAAUCCUGUUGUCUUAUUCGAUGAUUUUUCUAGGAGCUUGACUCCUCGAGGCCUACGUGAUACAGUCUAAUGUGAUUAGCUGUUUCUUUUGAAGCAGAGCUUUUCCAUUAAAUCACUGAAGAGCUAGUACUGAAAGUGCUACUAUUAAGGCUCAUUGUGAGCUGUUUCUGAGUGCAUACUGGAUGCUGGGUUUACAAGGAAUGAUUCUUCUGGUAUCUAAUUCAUGCUCUGUAACGCAGUGUGGGAUUCCUUGGGUCCCAAAGGCAAUAUUUUUAUAUAACCUAAGCCAGCUGGUUUUCUUUAAAGCAGAUAUUAGACUAUGAACUAGUCUAUUAGUUAACUAUGAAGCAACUAGGUAAUUAAGAAGCAAUUUACAUGGUUAUAGAAGUGCCUAUAAAAUACUAUAACAUAUUCCGGAUUUUCUCUUAUUUCUGCUUAUUUCUUGUAGCUGUGAUUACUAGCAGUGCUAAAAGAUAAUGUGUGUAUGUAGAAGUUGAUACAGGAUGAAAGGAUGUCCAAGCUUUUGUUUUCCUAAGUUCCAUGAUGUAUUGACAAAACAACGCCAACAGCUGAAAGAGCAACUUUGGAGUUCACUCGAGCAAAGGGUAGUGUGUAAUUUUAAAGCCUGAAGGGUGGGAUAGGUAACAAGACAUGACACCUGAUCAAAGCGAUGGUUUGCAAGCUGCUUUCUACCUCUUCCAGAAGAAGGUGAGCGAGAUCUUCGCACAGCUGAUGCUUUCUUCCCAUGUAUGUGAGGGGCAUCUUCCUUGUUAGAGCUCUGCCCAGCAGUGUAAGGCUGGGCUGUUUUCUGGCUUUGAGAGAGAAGAGUUGUUGAAAAUCUCAUACCCAAUUAAAGUUCAUUUUAAUUGGCUUCUUGUAAAUAAAGAUGAUAUUUUCAGCAUAGUUUAUAUGGGCUAUUUGGUCUGGUAACCAUGUAUGUUAUUUUAGAUAACACUUUAAAGUAAAAGUUUAUAUAUGAAACAAUAAGAUGUGAAUGUUAUAUUCUGCUAUCUAUGUGACUUAGUUUGCUAUUAACUUGGUAGUGAGCUGACGUUUUCUUUUGUUUGAAAAAAUAAAAUUCUGGAUAUUAUAAGAUGACUGGAAAACUGUGAGACCAAGGGACGCUCUUUAUAUUUUCUGUAUGUUAAUUUCUGUGUUUGCUUUCUGUCAAACUCAUAUUCUCAAAACAGUAGGUAUCUUGGCACAAAGAAAUGAGUGCAGGCUUGUAACUGAAGUAAUCAUGCUUAUCUCUGCUACAGGUGUCAACUUCUUUCAGUUGGCAAUUAAUUCCCCCACCAAAGACCAUUUGUGGUACAAAAAUGAUAUGCUGCAUAGCCUUCAGCUAGGGGCAAAGGUAGAAAUAGAAAAGACUAAUCACUUGUUCCUCUUUUCCUGGAAAAGUAGAGACAAGAACCUACUUGUGUUUCAUAAAGGCUGUAAGUUUGUUAACUGUACCAUUACUUUUGGAGAACGCCUGUUUUAAUCAAAUGUAUCAAGGAUAUAUCAUCUCUUUAUUUAAAAAUAGAAGCAUAACAGUUUAUCACCAUAUAUAAGAUAUUCUUCGGGUAAGUUCUGGCAGGACACUAUGGCCUGAGCACUCUUAAGGGUAACUUGUUUUUUGUGAUUACUUCUCUAAGACAUAGCAACAGUUUUAAAAAUAUUCAUAGUCUUUAUGUCAUGCUGGUAAGCAAAAUAAAAAUGGAAUUC